AGGAGCUGUGUGGGGGAUGUCAUUCUCAGGAAAGCCAACCUCCAGUCAUGCGUGAGUGUUCAGAGAUGCGAAGUGACUGAAUGCAAACAGACUAAAAGCGCCGCGCUUGUGAGAAGAACAUGACAGGAGUUAGUUAAAAGUUAAAACCUGUUUUGUUUCCUUUUUUUUUGGUUUUGUUUUGUUUUGUUACCGGCGCCGUACCAUUUUGUUGUAUUGUAUAUUUUGUUUCUGCCUCUCACAUUGUUCCCGAAGAAGCCAUGGAGCCGAUAACAAAGUGGACGCCAAAGCAAGUUGUCGACUGGAUGAAAGGGUUGGAUGACAGCUUGCAGCAGUAUAUCAGCAACUUUGAGAGGGAAAAGAUCAGCGGGGAGCAGCUAUUGAAGAUCACUCAUCAAGACUUGGAGGAGCUGUGCGUUGCAAGGAUCGGACACCAGGAACUGGUCCUGGAGGCCGUUGACCUCCUCUGUGCUUUGAACUAUGGAGUGGAAACGGAUAACCUGAAGAAUCUUGUUGUGAGGAUGAGAGCUGCGACCAGCAGUCUACACAUUGCUACAAACGAUCGCAGGAAAGGCCCCCCGUCUGAGGGAAGCAUGACUCGCAAGCCACAGAAUGACUUCCUUACCUCUGUGGUGGAGCUGAUUGGCGCUGCAAAGAGCCUCCUGGCUUGGCUUGACAGGACUCCUCUCACAGGGAUCAGUGACUUCACCGCUACCAAGAACAAGAUCAUACAGCUGUGCCUGGAGUUAACCACCACAGUUCAGCAGGACUGCAGCGUUUAUGAGAUGGAAGAAAGGAUCCUGGAAGUUUCCAAGACUUUGAACAACAUCUGCGAUCAGACCGUGAGAACCACUUCUGACCCCCUCAUGAGCCAGUCUGCCUGUCUGGAGGAAGUCCAGCUGACCAACAUCAAACCAGGAGAGGGGCUGGGAAUGUACAUCAAGUCGACGUACGAUGGCUUGCACGUCAUCACUGGAACCACAGAACAUUCUCCUGCAGAUCUAUCAAGGAAGAUCCAUGCAGGUGAUGAAGUGAUUCAAGUCAACCAGCAAACAGUGGUUGGCUGGCAGCUGAAAAACCUUGUUUUCAAGCUGAGAGAAGACCCCAAAGGUGUGGUUCUACUUCUCAAAAAGAGGCCGACAGGCACUUCAAGUUUCACCCCCGCCCCGCUUAAGAACAUGCGCUGGAAGCCCCCCGUACCUCAGAAUAAUUCCUCGCUGAUCAGAUCCCAGUCCCCCUCCAGUUCGGCUAAUGGAUCUACUAAGAAGGAGAAGCCAGCUAUUGUGGACUUGUACAUUCCUCCGCCGCCUCCAGUGCCAUACUCGCCACGAGCGAUGCGGACAGACUCCCUCUCCAGCAUUAGUAAAAGACCAAAAGGCUCUGAGUCACCCAACUCCUUCCUGGACCAGGAGAGCAGGAGACGCACCACCAUCACAGAUUAUGACCAGUUAAAACCCAGCUGUCCCAUUGAAGCCACCGUGAUCCAGCCCAGAAUGAGGGAGCGUAAGGCUUCACGUGGUAAGCCCCGGCCGCUGUCAAUGCCAGCAGAUACAUGUAUUGCAGUAAUGGACACAUACGCCAAGCCCUGGGCACAUGGCAGAAAAGGCGAGGACCUGGUGUACAGAUACCUCAGUAACGAGCGGAUUCCCACCAUUGCCGAAGAGGUCCCCUCUCCGUCUUCGCCCUACAGGCCUGCGAGGGAGCGUCAGCUCGUCCGAGUGGACCGCAUCCGACACAGCUGCUACUAUUCCAACUCAGACCUCCACAACAGCGCCACCAUCCCCUACCAGGAGGACACGAAAAAGGCCCCCGUAAGCCCCAUCUCAAAGCGCACGCCGGCAGAGCGCUCACUACUGGUCAGUUGGAUCACGCGGCUUAAGCUGUUGACUCACUGAUGAUGUGCUUCCUGUGCCGGGGCUUCCUAUUCCUGUCCUGUGUUCUUCCUCGGUGCCUUUUGACGUUUGACGUCCAGCUGUUUUAUUUGGCAGCUUCGGGCUCUCUCACUCUCCUCUCUGAUCCCAAACCUCCAUAUUCUCAUGUUGUUAUGGCUACUACCAACUACUACUACUACUACUACUUCUCUGCAACCAACCUUGCUUUUGUAGUACUCACUACAUUAAGCCAUUGUCCCUUUAACACUACCCUCAGUCCUAAUCCGAGACUAGAAAACUCCUGAGAAGCUGUUUACUCCGGUUUAGAAAAAACUUUGGCCUUGUUCUCAUUAUAGACUUCAGUGUACAUAUUAAAUUAUGUGAUUUUUCUGUUACGAUGUUCUCUGGUACAAAUAUUUAACCACUGAAGUUCUUUAGUUAUGUGCUUUUUUUGGUUUUAAAUUUUCAGUAAAUUAUAAAAGUAAGUGAGGAAAAAAUGUUUGUUAGCAAAGCUGCUUUUGAUUUGAUGUUAUUUUCUGUCUUGAAAUAAUCCCUGCAUAUUAUUUCCAGUGCUGUGAACAAGUAUUUUUUCACUUAUAUUUCUUCUACUAUUGCCUUUUUUUUGGCUCUUUUGGGCGUUAAAGAUCAGGAAACAAAUCCUAAUUUCAGACAAAGAUAACCUGAAUUAAUAAAAAAAAUGCAACUUCAACUACCCAAUUCCACCUUUUUGUUGAUUAUGACACAUUAAGAGCGUGUCCUCUUCACAGAAUGAUCUGAAAGGGACUUUUGCUUCCCAUCUGUUGUUGAAUUUCUUUAGAUCAGACCAAUUCCUUUUGAGAUCUUUCAGUAUACUUACUUUUCUAUUCAAAUGUUGUCCAAAUUAAAGGUGGUCGAUCAAGGUUAAUUUAUAAUUUUAGCAUGGUGGAGUAGUUACAUUUUCACCUGGGGGCCAGGUUGGUUUGGAUAGCUUUUUUUCCCCCCUUUAAUCAAUGAAAUCCUCGUUUGAAAACCACCUUUUGCAUUUAAUGUGGUUAUAUUUGUCUGUUUGAUCUCAAACAUUAAAGAAAGACGAAGAAGCAAAAACAGAAGAAAUCCGUAAGGUGUCAAAAGCUUUUUCACGUCACUGUAUUAGUCUGCCACAGGUUGCCUCUCGUAAGCUAUGCAUAAAGUUUCUGCAGUCACUAAAGUUCACCGUGCUGCUUUGGUUUUUGGUGUUUACAUAUUUUAACAAACAAAUAUUUGUGCAUAUUCAAGACUAUGCACAUUGACCUUUAGUUUAAUGCAGUUAACACCUAAAGACCAUUGAGUGUCUUUGAAACAUGGGUCCAAUUCCUUUCUGAUGGCUGAUGGGGAGGGGAGGGGGGGGGGGGGGGGGGGGAAGAAAAGGAAUGUCAGUAUUAUUAAAAAAAAAAAUACCGUAAGUGUCUGUUGUUACUCUUUCUGCAAUUUUGUAAGAUUUAAAAAGCAUUUUAUUAAAAGUGGCAGUUCAUUUCAGUGA